CCAAGAAGGCUUGUGAGAGAGGGCAAGUAUAGAGUUGAAAUACCAUCACCUCGUAAGUGAGGGGGCAGAGAAUUAAAAUCCCAGUUCAGUUUCAAAUUGCCUAUUCGUUUUUUCCUUUCUUUCCCACGGCUAUCGGAGUCACUCGGGGAUACUUAUUGGUUGGAGCGUGUCUUUGCCAACUCGGAAAACGCGAUUCCACGGCCAAGAAAUGAUCAAGCACUGUAUUGCGGAGGAGCUGUACUGGGGUUGUAAAUGAAGUAUUAUGUGGAAGUGUAGGGACUGAAAAUGAAUCCAUAGAAAAGGGCCGUCGUCAUCUCGGUUAGCCGUUAAAACAUUCUCCAGAGAUAGUGAAGAAAGUGCACUCAGACACUGGAGGUAGUGUGCUAGGUCCAGACGACGGAUAGUGGCUAUUAUUACACUAUUCUGUUUCAACAGUUUCUGGCGCUUUGACUGCCCUCCAUUAUCGACCACGGUAGGAUUUCAGACUGAGCUUUAAGUACAAUGGUGAAACUGCAAGGAGCAUGUCGUUGCUUGAUGAUUUCGUUUCACCUGGUAUCCUUCGAGGGGCAAAUCUAGGUGCUUGGCCCUUAGCGCUCUCUGAUUCAGGAUCUCGAAGCAGAUUUUUUUUUUUGCAUUUCUCGGAUGUCGGUGAAAUCGGGCAGUUCAGCCACGGAAGAGUGAAAGUGCAGAAUGAGGAACUAGGGAGACUAUAUUUCUAACUCGUUCAUAUUCCCCACGGUCAAGAAGAUCUCCAGACUCACACCAUGGAAAUGAUGACCAAAAAUGAAAAUCUCUGUGAGAAUCAGACCGAUGAUCCAAGUGCAGAAGGACAUAAGCCGGAAAGGCGAAAAUCAGGAAAUAGAUUACAACCAGCGAUGUCUGUGCCAGGAAAUCUCUCACCAAUGCUAAUCUACACUCUCCUGGGCUUCUGCAUCCUACUGUCAGUUGCUGUCCUUAUAGUGACUCUGAUGACACGUACAUUCAAUGAAACGAAGGGGUCAGAUGAUAGUUUCUGGAUGAAACAUUCUCAAUUGAAGCCUAACGGAUUGGAGACUUCAGACGCGGAUCUUUGUAUGGAAAAUUCCUUGUGGAGGAGUAAUCUAACACAAAUACUCAGCGAAAUAACGACGGCAGCUGCUGGACUCCAGACGGAAUUUUCCCAGUGGAGGAGCCACGUUGCAGGAAACUAUGAUGAGGCCGCUAGCUCCAUUGCUGAACUUCGGAACGAGAUCUCGCAGCUGUCAAAGAAAGUAAUAAACUCCAAGCAGACUCUGAGCUCCAUCGCCAAAAUGCAGGACGAGAUUUUGCAGCUGAGUAACGACACAGAGACCUCAAUCGGUGGUGUCAGGGAUGAACUUUCUCAGUGGAAGAGCAAUGUUGCAGAAAACUUCAAGAAGAUCGGCAGCUCUAUCGCUGAACUUCAUAACGACAUUUUGCAGCUGAAUAACAAUAUUCCGCAAUGCCCCACAGAUUGGAUUCGGUUCAGGAAAAGCUGUUAUCAAUUUUCCUCAAGAACACAAAUCUGGGCGGAGUCCCAGAGACACUGUGCAUCGGUAGAUGCCCAUCUUGUUGUCAUUAACAAUGAAGAAGAGCAGGAAUUUUUAAGACGGACCCUUCAAAUGCGAUAUUGGAUUGGCCUCAGUGAUACUGCGUCUGAAGGUGAUUGGCGCUGGGUGGACGGAACCGAUUAUUCUUCCUCUUUAACAUACUGGAGUGAAGGGGAACCUAAUGAUGGAGACCACGGUGAAGACUGUGCGGAGAUAUUUGACAAUGGAAAAUGGAAUGACUUGCCGUGUAGUAACAUUCAGCAUUGGAUCUGUGAGAAAUCUGCAUUGAUUCCGCCUUAAUAUAGCAGUUGGUACGAAAAGAACAAUGACCGACUUUCUUAAGAUUGAAUAUGAUAUACAGAUGUUAUAUCUUAUAAGAGCACAUUUUAGUCCAUCCAAAGGGUGCUAAUGUUUUAAAAAGUAAUCCAGUUACUCAUUCGCGUCUUUUCUGUGGUGUCUUUUUCCGAAAAAAUCUACAAUUGUCGUUUUCCUCCACUCCAGCUGUAAUAAAUUUAGAUCAU